CAAUAACCGGAGAGAGAGAGAGACGCGCGAGACCCCGCGUGCGCGCGCUCCUGUGUGGAGCUGUUAGGGUUCUUCUCCUCCUUUUUCUUCUCGUCGUUUCUCCGGUGCAGUCGGUUUGUCGGGUCGGCCGGGUGAGUUCGUGGUGAACUUGUGCAGCAGGGAGGACUCGCGCUGACAGCGGUGCGCGCGCUCUCCGCACAGCCGCCGUGUGUGUGUGUGUGUGUUGUUGUUGUUGUUGUUGUUGUUUUUUCCUCCGCUGCGCUCCCGGUUGUCGCUCGAGCGCGUGAAUAGUUUUGGACGAGCAUGUGAACGGAGAGGACGGAGACGCGCACCGUGUGGACCCGUUUCUGAGAUCUCUCACCCACAGCUCACAGAGUCGCUGGAUCAAAGCUUAACAGGUUGAAGCGAUCAACUGAUGGAGAAUACACAGGAGCUUACUGAGCAGGCGGUGAAGAAACCUCUCUCUGAUCCUCCUGCUUCAGACCCUUCGGAUAACAGGUCAUUGGAGAUGCAGGAAUUAACCAGCCCUCAGCACACAGUCACCAGUGGCAGCGAUGGCAGCUCCAAACUGGACAAGAGUCUCCUAACUAACAGCGUCUCAACCAAUGGAACAGGAGGCGAGAACAUGACUGUUCUAAACACGGCUGAUUGGCUGCUGGGCUGCAGCACUUCGCCCACUGCCCCAAUAAAGACAGAGCCGCUGAACAGCAGCGAUGCAGUCAGCACAGCGGGAGAUACAGGGCUGGACACUUACACAGGGUCAGUUAUAACCAGCAGUGGAUUCAGUCCUCGACCUGCACAUCAGUACUCACCUCCCCUUUAUCCAUCCAAGCCUUAUCCCCAUAUCCUGUCCACACCUGUGGCUCCGCCCAUGUCUCCCUACACUGGACAGUCCCAGUUUAGCAGCAUGCAGCAGUCUACAGUGUAUACACCAUACUCUCAAACCACACAACCUUACGGCCUCUCCACCUACGCGGAUUUAGGGGUGAUGUUACCUGGGAUAAAGACGGAAGGGGGGCUGUCCCAGACCCAGUCCACCCUCCAAUCAGGGCUCAGCUACAGCCCAGGAUUCACCACGCCCCAGCCUGGACAGACGGCCUAUUCACCCUAUCAGAUGCCAGCAUCAGGGUUUACAUCCUCCCCUGGCCUCUACACCUCCAACAACUCCGUGUCCAAUCCAGCCAACUUCAGCACACAGCAGGAGUAUCCCUCAUAUACAGCGUUCGGGCAAAAUCAGUACGCUCAGUAUUACUCUGCUUCCUCCUAUGGCUCCUAUAUGACAACCAACAGCACACUGGACACCACAGGCUCCACCUCCAGCUAUCAACUACAAGACCCCGCCCCUGUAAUCACAGGACAGGCUCCUGAGAUGCACCCAGGUGAUUUUGAGGCGGGACAGAGUCCUUCCACGCCCAUCAAGGAACUGGAUGACCGGACAUGCCGUGGAGGUGGGACUAAAGCCAGGGGGCGUGGGAGGAAGAACAACCCCUCCCCUCCUCCUGAUAGUGAUCUGGAGAGAGUGUUUGUUUGGGAUCUGGAUGAGACCAUCAUUGUCUUCCAUUCGCUUCUCACUGGAUCUUAUGCACAGAAAUAUGGAAAGGAUGCUCCGAUGGCAGUGACACUGGGUUUGAGAAUGGAGGAGAUGAUCUUUAAUCUUGCAGACACACAUCUCUUCUUUAAUGACUUGGAGGAAUGUGAUCAGGUGCACAUUGAUGACGUGUCAUCAGAUGAUAAUGGACAGGACCUUAGUACUUACAGUUUUGCCACUGAUGGCUUCCAUGCAGCUGCAACCAGCGCAAGCCUCUGCUUAGCCACAGGCGUCAGGGGCGGAGUGGACUGGAUGAGGAAGCUGGCCUUCCGCUACAGACGAGUGAAGGAGUUGUACUGCACAUAUAAAAACAACGUGGGCGGGCUCUUGGGUCCGGCGAAGAGAGAUGCAUGGCUUCAGCUCCGGGCCGAAGUCGAGGCUCUGACGGAUUCGUGGCUUACCACCGCACUCAAGUCCCUGUCAAUCAUCAGCUCCAGGAGUAACUGUGUUAAUGUUUUGGUGACUACGACACAGUUAAUACCAGCUCUUGCUAAGGUGCUGCUGUACAGCCUGGGCUCAGCUUUUCCUAUCGAGAACAUCUACAGCGCAACUAAAAUAGGAAAAGAGAGUUGCUUUGAGCGAAUAAUACAAAGGUUUGGCAGGAAGGUAGUGUAUGUUGUUAUUGGGGACGGUGUGGAAGAGGAGCAGGCUGCUACCAAGCACAACAUGCCGUUCUGGCGAAUAUCCAGCCACUCAGACCUGCUCGCCCUCCACCAAGCACUGGAAUUCGAGUACCUGUAACACUCGACAGCUGUAUCAUAGGCCUCUUUUUGUACAACUAUUUAAGAACAACAUUACACUGCAGUCUCCUUUUAUGUUGGUUUGCGUCCUCUUGUCUUUUUAAUUAUGAUUUCUCUGGCUUCUGAGAUUACUCUGCACUGUCUUAAAAAGACUCGGUCUGUCUGGGGAAAGGGGCAGGGGAAUUUUAACGCUCAAUACGGGCUCAUCAAGCGCUCACAAAAGGUCUUAUAUAUACACACUGCAUCUCGGUGGGAUCAUUUCACUGAGACAAAUAAAUCUGCUUCUACCUAACGUUCGACAUCCUCUCUAUUCGGAGGAGCUUCGACCCCUUCACAAUAGUGCAGUUCUCCUCUGCUAUAAACCAAUAGAUCUGUACAAUCUAGCAUAGAUUAAUGAAUAACUCAUGUAAAUUAUUUUACAGGAACUCCAUUUAGCAUUAAAGACUUUGCAUUUUUUUUUUCAUUUGGUCUUUUUGUAAGUUUUUGGCAAAGAAGUAUGUGUAUAAUUUGUCGUGCCUUAUGAACUGUU